AUGUCAUUUGGUGGGGCUUUUUAUGGAUCAGCUGUUGUUCUGCGCCGAGUGACCAUUCGUAUCCGCGCGCUUGCCCUGGUUUCGUCCUGGAACAACAAGUUUGCGCCGGUAAAUUAUUUUAAGAUGUUUUCUCCUGGCUCAAUUUCAGUACAGGGAUCUUUUAAACUUGUGCUGCCUGAUCGCAUGUCUUGCGACGUACCAUUUCAAGAACCUGUCAAAUAUCCCCUGUAUAAAGAUCCUGAGUGCUAUGAACAUUGCUUGAAUGCGGCGCUUUUAACUGCGAGCAUAAGUGAAGAUCGUUUCUGCUUUAUGCUAGAACCAGGAAAAAACAAGAAGACACUUGAGUUAGUAGUGCCUGCAUUGCCUUCAUCGACGUUUGGAUUUAAAUCGCCGCGGACUAGUGAUACGAUUUUGGCUUCGAAUAUAUCUGUCACUGAGUUUCUUGAAGCUCUUAUUGCUGAGCCUCAAAUACGCCAUCUUUGGGUCCAAGUUCAACCACUCACAUUGCAAACCCUACUCCCGGUUGACUCUGCUAGCCUACACAAAGUGUGCACCGAUCACACUUUGACCUCAUUUGGCGCCACUUACCGAUCCCUGAUUUACUACUUAAGGUGUUUUCGGAUUUUGGAAUUUCCUGCAUGA